CCGCCGUCGCGCCGAGGCGCACUGCCGAGCGCCCGUUGGCCUCUCCGCCGCCCCGCCGUGUGCGCCGCCACUGCCGGGGUGUGACUGGCGGUGCCGCCGCUGACCAAGGAGAUACGCGCUUCCAUCGACACCACCUUCAGUGAUCAGGCCUCCACCACCAGGAGCUAUGGCUCCCAGCGCACGGACGGCGCCAGGAGCGACGUGGGCAACGCGCUCAAGAUGGCGGUGGGCCUGCUGGGGCUCGAGGUGCACCAGGCGCCGAGCUCGAGGGCCGAGAUGUGGUUCUCCUUCCAGGAGGGGCCCGCGGACUGGCAGCUGCGCGUCGCCUCCCACGUCCAGAAGCUGCUCCAGCCCACGGGCCACGCCGCCCCCGAGUCGCCGGGCCCGGGCACCGGCUCCGGCCAGGCCCCGCAGCCGGGCGCUGUGGCCGGCGAGGUGCGGCCGGACUUGCGGGAGCAGGCCCAGCUGGCGGAGUUCAUGCUCCAGCGCAUCAGCCGCGCCGUCGGCAUGCUGCGGCCAAGAGAGGUGCCCUCAGCAGAAGGAUCCCUGUUGCUCCGCGAGUUCACGGACAGGAUGGUGGUGGACGUGUGCGCGGACCUGCGGCAGUGGCUCGAGCAACUGGCCGUGCUGAUAUCGCUGUACCACAUCCACGUGCUCGACGCGGACUGCACCCGCCGGAGGCUGCUGGCGCUCUGCGAGCAGCAGCGCCGGGAGAUAGGACG